UACAAGAGCCGGCGGGCGGAGCUAUGCAGCAGAUGGCGGACUGUUAGCGGAGUCGGAGUGGUUUCCACCGAGCGACGCAGACCAGGGCGGGGAGGGAAAGCCAAAAGAGCGCGGGGGCACUGCGGCCGUCGGCAGCCGCUGCUGAGGAACUCGCCUGGGAGCACCCUACCUGCCGAGGAGUCCGCGGCUUCAGGCCUGGAGUGUGGCCUACCGGCCGGCCCUCGCUGCGUACCCCAACAUCGAUCCGUCGGAGUCGCACUGUUAAUUGGAUGAAGAACAAUCCAAAUCUAUUGUCGUGUCCACAAUGGAUUUCAACACAAUCCCUGUAACUGCUGACUUUUGUAAAGACAGUCAAAGACAGACUAUCAAACACAGAGGAUAGCGAAUACUACUGCACAGUACUUGUGUGGUGCACAUUAAUCUUCAUUCUAUUUAAUCCAUUAUUUAUUACAUAUCAAUAUAUUUUGUUACCUCAUUUUGUAUAUUUAAGUCAAUAGUAUUUUUUUUAAAUCCAUACCUCUAAAGCAUUAUAACUCGAGUGACCAUGGCGUUGGAGGAGUAUGUAUGGAUGGUUGUGGUGGGUUUCAUCAUUGCAUUUAUUUUGGCAUUCUCGGUGGGAGCAAAUGAUGUUGCCAAUUCAUUUGGGACUGCUGUUGGUUCUGGAGUGCUGACACUCAGAAGAGCUUGCAUCUUGGCUACGAUCUUUGAAACGCUGGGUUCUGUACUGCUGGGUGCCAAAGUCAGUGAAACCAUUCGGAAAGGAAUAAUUGAUGUGGACAUGUUCAACUCGAGUCAACAAGUGCUUAUGGCUGGGUCGGUCAGUGCCAUGUUUGGUUCUGCUGUCUGGCAGUUAUUAGCUUCAUUUUUGAAGCUCCCUAUAUCUGGUACCCACUGCAUUGUGGGUGCAACCAUUGGUUUUUGUUUGGUGGCUACAGGAGCUUAUGGUGUGAAGUGGCUGCAGCUGCUGAAGAUUGUUGCUUCUUGGUUCAUCUCACCUCUGCUGUCUGGAAUCAUGUCUGCUGCUGUCUUUUACUUGGUCCGCUGCUUUAUUUUACGCAAGGCUGACCCUGUGCCAAAUGGACUCCGAGCUCUGCCUGUCUUCUAUGCCUGCACAAUUGCAAUUAAUCUUUUCUCUAUUAUGUAUACGGGAGCACCUUUACUAGGAUUUGACCGGAUUCCACUCUGGGGUACAAUUUUGAUUACAUUGGGAAGUGCUGUGAUCUGUGCAUUCAUCGUCUGGUUCAUCGUCUGUCCCAGAAUGAAGAGAAAAAUCGAAAGAGAGAGAAAAGUCUGCAAUCUAGGUAAUAUGCUAGACAAGAAGAGUGAAGAUUACUAUUCAGUAUCCAAAGAAGACCUGGAAGAGCCCCAUUUGAAAGUUCCUUUGACUGAUACAGCAUCUGAAAUCAAGACUCCUGUGACUGACACUGUUCCUGCUGUUUUGCCUACGAAGCAGAAUGGAAGAAUUGCUUUUAUAGGGGACUCGACAGAAGAUGUGGGAAAGGAUAGUGUUUCCAAUGGCGAGAUAAAGGAAACCAAUAUUGAUCGUGUGAUGAAUGGGACUGCACAGUUUGGAAGCAGUCAUGUGCAGUUCAACCAGGUUAUCAAUAAUCAGACCAGUACCAACAGCUACACAGGUCACUAUCACACUGUACACAAGGAUUCGGGAUUGUACAAAGAACUUCUUCACAAGUUGCAUUUAGCUAAAAUGAUAGACUGUGCUGGGGACUCGGGUGAACCAGGAAGCAGGCCAUUACGUCGCAACAACAGCUAUACCUGUUACACUAUGGCAAUUUGUGGCAUGCCUCUGGCUUCUUUCAAGCCCAAAGAAGAAGUAAAGGCAGAGGAAAUGGAAAAGUUGACAUCUGGCUUGGAAUCAAAGAAACGGAUCCGGCAGGACAGUUACAGUAGUUACUGUAAUGCUAUGGCUGACUCAAAUAAAACGUCCGAGGAUAGAAGUGUGAAGCUUGAAAUUGAAAACACAGAGCGCAAGUGCAGUGAUGGGUCAAUGGAUGAAUGGCGGGAGCAGGAGAAACCUGAGGUUUCAUUACUUUUCCAGUUCCUGCAGAUCCUAACGGCCUGCUUUGGCUCAUUUGCUCAUGGUGGCAAUGAUGUUAGUAAUGCAAUUGGUCCUCUGGUUGCGUUAUGGGUUGUGUACUAUACAGAAGAUGUUAAUUCAAAAACUGAAACUCCAAUCUGGCUUCUGCUAUAUGGAGGUGUGGGCAUCUGUCUUGGACUGUGGGUCUGGGGUCGUAGAGUUAUUCAGACGAUGGGCAAGGAUCUGACACCGAUUACUCCCUCAAGUGGCUUCAGUAUUGAAUUGGCCUCUGCUCUCACAGUAGUUAUUGCUUCAAAUAUUGGUCUUCCUGUUAGUACAACACACUGCAAGGUUGGUUCAGUUGUAGCUGUUGGGUGGAUGCGUGCAAAAAAAGCUGUUGACUGGCGCCUCUUUCGAAACAUCUUCAUGGCGUGGUUUGUUACAGUACCAAUCUCUGGUCUUAUUAGUGCUGCCAUCAUGGCUCUAUUCCAAUAUGUUAUCUUGUAAAUGUGCUGAGUACCACCUAUCUUCAGCAACGUGUUAUGGUCGUUACUGUGCUACUGUAGACCUGUUUAUUCAGAUUGUUUAAUGUGAAAUCUGUUCAAUGGAAGUCACAGCUUUAACUUGAGUCUUUUUAACAUCAGUAUGUGUUGCAAGAGAGUCCAACUUGACUGACUAUAUGCUGUUUAUUUUUCUGUAUAAUUUCACUUUUUUAUUUGAACCAUUGUCAUUUGUUUUGUAUAGUGUUUAUAUUACUGCAUGUUUUUAAACAAGGUAUAAUGCUAUUUAAUACUGUGAACUGAGCUUUUUGAAUUUAACACGUAUGCAUAAAGCACUGGAUUCUCAUUUAGCAACAUGGUAAGCAACUAGAGUCCAGUUAAUACCAGAGUAAGGUACCAAAGAGCGGGGCAAUGAAAUGAGCAGUUGUUUUACAAAGUCUUCCAUUUAAAUCUAACUAUUAUAGAAAAUUACUCAUUUGUAAUUGAAUUGGUCAAAUGUUCAUUAAAGAUUAGCAUACCUUGUAUUUUUCCUUGUAUUUCUUAAACAUUCUCUGUUGCAAAAUAGCACUAGUAUGCAAAGUAGAAAACAUUUUCAUUUCAUGGAAGAUUGGAGAAAAAUGGCAUCCACAGAUAUGGCAACUGAUUAAUGCAAUGUCCAAGAUUGCAGAUUGAGCCUCUAUAUUGUGACCCAAUUUACAAUCUAAUUUGGCCAGUACAAGUGGGUUACACCUUUAGUACUAAUGCUCAGCAUUUGAACCCAAAGAAAGGUCAAUUAUAGGAUAACAUAAUCAAGAUAUGUUAAAGAAAUCACAAAUGGAGUCGCAAGAAUCUGCAGAUGCUGGAAUCUGGAGCAGUAUAUCGCUGGAGAAACUUGGUGGGUUGUGCAGCAGCCAUGGAGGGAAAUCAAAAGCCCAUGAUAUGCCAGCCUUAACCUAUUCAAAGAUCAUUCUAACCCUUUCCUCCCACAUAGCCUCCAAUCUGCUAUCAUCCAUUUACCUAAUUUUCUUAAAUGCCUCUACCAUCACCCUUGUUCCAGAUACCCAUGAUCUUUUCUCACCCUCCCAUACUUUCCACCAAUUACCUGCUUAUGCCUGCUUGUAUUAGGCAUUUCUAUGCUGGGAAAUGAUCUGCCUAUCUAUGUCUCUUAUUUUCUUUACACCUGUAACAAAGCAUCGCUUGCCCUCCUUUGCACCAAAGAAAAGAUCUCUACCUCACUUAACCAGUCUUCAUAAGAUAUGCCUUCAAGUCCAGGCAGCAUCCUGGUAAAUCUGCACCCUUUUUAAAGCUAUAAUGUGAUCAAAACUGAAGAUGAUAAACAAGUGUAGUCCAACUAAGGUUUUAGAGCCUGGGGACGUCACGUGAUGACGUAGGAUUGAGACGCUGGAACCCAGCCCUCCCGUAAAAAAGUUAAUAAAUUAAUGUUUAAGUGAAGAAAAGUUAAUUAAUACUUUUUUAAGGUUACUUAUAAACUACUCCGGAUUGUUUUAAGCUAUGCCUCAUAAACAGAGGACGAAGAAAACUGCUACCGCGAAGACCGCUCAAGUUGGAACAGAAUCAAGGCCUACAUCUACCGAAGAACCGCGGACUCAGGUACAAAACACCACCGGUGAAACAGAAAAGGAGACUGCUGCAGCAUCGGCCAUUUCUAAAGGGAAAGAUCAACGAGAACUGCGCAAGCAUAAAGGAACGAGCAUGCGCAAAAGAGAGCAACCAGAACUACAAAACCCAGCAACGACUGAAACCGACAGUGAAAGUGAGUCUGAGAGAGAGACAGACUCUCUGGAAAAAUCAGACGAAGAUGGAGAUCAAGAUGAAAGUUCCUCUGAAAAUACAAAAAAGACUUUGAGGCAAAUAAUGCAUAAAUUAGAAAAAUUAAAUGCAUUAAAAGUAAUUAAAAGUAACCAAAAAGUAAUUACAGAAAAAAUAACAAAUAUGGAGGCUAUGUUUGAUAAAAUGACAAAGAAACAGGAAAAAAUGGAAAAGAAAAUUACAGAUUUGGACGUCAAAAUGGAAGAAAUGGAGGGAAGAAUGAAGAGGAUGGAAGAUGAUAAUGAUGCCUGGACAUCAGAAAGAAAACAACUCGUGGGAAAAAUUGAUAAACUUGAAAAUUUUAGCAGACGCAACAAUAUUAAAAUUGUUGGACUUAAAGAAGGUACCGAAGGAGAAGACCCAAUAAAUUUUUUUCAAAAAUGGAUUCCUGAAAAAUUGGAAAUGGGAGAAGAAACUUUAAUUGAGAUUGAAAGGGUGCACAGAGCCUUAAGACCAAGAUCUCAAGAUGAUCAAAAUCCGCGAUCAAUUUUGAUAAGAUGUUUAAGAUACCAAGAUAAAGAAAAGAUUUUGAGGGCGGCUGCCCAGGGUGCUAAAAGAAGAAAAGGUCCGUUGAUGAUAGCUGAGAAACCAGUUCUUUUUUAUCCUGAUAUAAGUUAUAACCUUUUGAAGAGAAAGAAAGAAUUUAAUCCAGUUAAAAAUGUUUUGUGGGAAAAAGGUUAUAAGUUUUUAAUGCGUCACCCAGCAACACUGAUAAUUUUUUUGGAGGAAGGAAAAAGAUUUUUUUCUGAUUAUCAAGAUGCGGAGGUGUUUGCACAAAAACUUUCAUCUCUUCAUUAAUUAAAAGUAGAGAUUUCUAAAUGUAAUGGUUAAAGACGAAGACAGAGAAAGCAAAUGGAACUGAUGGACAUUUAAGGACGAUAUAAGGGAGAAAAGUAAUAUUUUAGAAAUAUUAAUUGAGAAUAGUAUGGUUUUUUUAUAUAUAUAUUUUUUAUGUUGCGGGGGGGCUGGGGAGCUUUGAAUCGGUUACUACGGGAUUCACGUGUGUAAUCAUGGCGAUUGCCAUGACCCGUACAAUAGAGGGGGGUAAUGUUGUUUCCUUUCUUUCACAACGUUAGUAGGGGGGUAUUUUGUUGUUUUCUUUAUUUUCUAUUUUUCUUCUAUUCUUUUGCCUGGAUGAUUGGUGGGGACACACAUAGCAACAUGGAGACUUUUAAAAAGAUUUCCCAGGAUACAAUGAAAGUUGAAAGAUUAGGUAUUAUUAUAGAUUGGAGUAACAUAAAUAAAAAUAAUGACUAAUUUAUUGAAUUUUUUAAGUUUUAAUGUUAAUGGGCUUAAUGGACCAAUAAAAAGAAAAAGAAUUUUAACAUACAUUAAAAAAAAUGAAAAUAGAUAUAGCUUUCUUACAAGAAACUCAUUUAACGGAUAUAGAACAUCAGAAAUUAAAAAGAGACUGGGUUGGAAAUGUUAUUGCAGCUUCAUUUAACUCAAAGGCAAGAGGAGUUGCAAUUUUGGUUAAUAAAAAUUUACCAAUUAAAAUACAAAAUGUAUUAAUUGAUUCGGCAGGAAGAUAUUUAAUUAUACAUUGUCAAAUUUUUUCAGAACUAUGGACUCUUAUGAAUAUUUAUGCACCAAAUGAAAAUGAUGUUAAGUUUAUACAGGAGGUCUUUUUGAAUUUGGCUAAUGCACAUGAUAAAAUAUUAAUAGGUGGAGAUUUUAAUUUUUGUUUAGAUCCAGUUUUAGAUAGAUCAAUAAAGGCUAUUACAAAAUCAAAAGUAGCAAAAUUAACUCUAUCAUUGGUGAAAGAUUUAAAUUUGAUUGAUAUAUGGAGAAGAAUCAAUCCAAAAGAAAGGGAUUAUUCAUUCUAUUCAAAUAGACAUAAAACAUAUUCAAGGAUAGAUUUUUUCCUAAUAUCAACAAAUACUCAAGAUAGAGUGAAAAACGUGGAAUAUAAAGCAAGAAUAUUGUCUGAUCACUCUCCUUUAAUAAUGACAAUGAUAAAGACGUAUCAAUUUAUAGAUGGAGAUUUAAUUCAAUUUUACUAAAACGUCAAGAUUUUUGUGAUUUUAUGAAAAAGCAGAUUCAGUUCUUUUUAGAUACAAAUUUACAUUCAGUUGAUGAUAAAUUUAUAUUGUGGGAAGCAAUGAAAGCAUAUUUGAGAGGCCAGAUAAUAAGUUAUACUUCUAAAAUUAAGAAGGAAUAUAUGAUAGAAAUAGAUCAAUUGGAAAAAGAGAUUAUAAAAUUAGAAAAAGAAUCUCAAAGAAAUAUGACAGAAGAAAAACGAAGACAACUUAUUAAUAAGUUAAAAUAUAAUACACUCCAGACAUAUCGAACAGAAAAAGCAAUUAUGA